GGGAGCUAUUUGCAUUUACCAUUAAAGCAGUAUUCUACCAUUUGUUUCGAAUGCAAUAUUGUGCGAUGCAAAGGUUUUUGAAAACUGCGAAACUUUUACAAUGUUUAUUUUAGUUUCACAAAAUGGGCAUAGGGCCAAGAAGGAACCAAGAAAAGGUCAAGAUCAGCUAGAAAACUUAUAAUCUUAUCUAGUAGUUGGUGGACCGUUAUCGCUUUCGCGUGUAAACAACAAGAGGACAGUUUUUUUGGAGGCUCUCUCUCCCAUUUCCUUGAUUUUUGUCUUUCAGAUCAAAGCAUUCAUGGGAAAAAUAUGGACUUCAUAGUUGCUGGGUGUGCAGCUGUGAGUGCUGGAUUCUUCACAAAUCCCCUCGAGGUCAUCAAAACCAGGCUUCAGCUGCAGGGUGAGCUCAGAGCCAAGGGGCAGCAUGUCGUCCACUACAGGAAUGCCUUGCAUGCAAGCUACCAGAUUGCCAAGCAUGAUGGUAUCCUUGCAUUGCAGAAGGGACUAGUGCCUGCACUUUGGGUGCAAUUGAUCAUGAAUGGGGCCAGACUAGGCGGGUUUCAAUUCUUUGAUAACAGGAAUUUGAUCAGGGAUAAGGAUGGAAACAUGGUAUUCUACAGGAGCGCGUUUUUCGCUGGGCUGUGCGGUGUUUGCGGGCAUUACUUAGCUAACCCCAUGUUCCUGAUUAAGACCCAGAAACAAUCGCAAGCGGCGAAAGCUAUCGCCGUUGGUCAUCAACACAAAUCUUUGCCGCUCUGGAGCACAUUGGUUGAAAUCAUCAAGACUCAUGGAGGUCUUUACAAAGGAGGAAUGGCUUCUUUACCAAGGGCCUUCGUGGCGUCCAGCGCACAACUACUAGGAUUUUCCUACGCCAAGCAAUUCAUACUUCGCGAAGAAUACUUUCAGACUAGGCCGCUUCUAACUUCUUUUUGUUCAAGUUUCGUUGGUGGCAUUGCUAUAAGCGUCUUAGUCACUCCAUUUGAUCUUAUUUUAACUAGGCUCUACAAUCAAGGUGUUGGCGCGGAUGGGAAAGGAUUGUUGUACAACGGGUAUUUCGAUUGUGUAUCGAAAGUUUAUCACACCGAAGGUUUGAGGGCAUUCUAUAAGGGAAUUGGACCCAUGUACAUGAGACUUGGGCCGCACACUGUUCUAACUUUAGUAUUCUGGGACAUCUUCAAAGAUCUUCAACAUAAAUAUACGGCAAAAGACAUGAGAUCGUUCAAUUGAUCAUAGAUGCUAGAUAUUCUUUUUUUGUUUUAAAACGAAUCUUAUUUGUAAUAGUUAAUUAUACAGUUAGCAUACUAUUUAUUGAUUUAUAGAACUUUUAUAUUGGUAAUAGUAUUACACUGCACGAAUAAAGAAUACCGAUGGAGUCAUUAAA